CUAACAUAGACAUGACUACAGGGGGAACAGUCGUUGUAUAUCCACCCCUGAUAUCCAUAAGUUCGACUGAACUAUGCCUUCCUGCAGUAAAACCAGCUGCUGUACAAACCAGAAACUUUCCCAGCAGGGUGUCGGAGAGGUUAAAAAAGAGGAGAAGGAAUACCUGAUAUCUGAGGUUGAAGGGACUGCGAACGAGAGCACCUACAAACGAAUUCACACAGGAGAGAGGCCCUACCAGUGCUCCCAGUGUGGGAGGGGCUUCAGCCAUUUAGGAAACCUAAAGAAACACAAGCGGAUUCACACAGAGGAGAGGCCCUACCAGUGCUCCCAGUGUGGGAAGAGCUUUAGUGAGUCAGGAAGCCUCAAGAGACACCAACGAAUUCACACAGGGGAGAGGCCCUACGAGUGCUCCCAGUGUGGGAAGAGCUUUAGUGAAUCAGGAAACCUCAAGAAACAUCAACAAAUUCACAAAGGGGAGUGGCCCUACCAGUGCUCCCAGUGUGGGAGGGGCUUCAGCCAUUUAGGAAACCUAAAGAAACACGAGCGGAUUCACACAGGGGAGAGGCCCUACCAGUGCUCCCAGUGUGGGAAGAGCUUUAGUGAGUCAGGAAGCCUCAAGAAACAUCAACGAAUUCACACAGGGGAGAAGCCCUACUAGUGCUCCCAGUGUGGGAAGAGCUUUAGUGAUUCAGGACACCUCAAGAGACACCAAUGAAUUCACACAGGGGAGAGGACCUACCAGUGCUCCCAGUGUGGGAAGGGCUUCAGCCAUUUAGGAGACCUCAAGAUACGCCAACGAAUUCACACAGGAGACAGGCCCUACCAGUGCUCUCAGUGUGGGAAGAGCUUCAGCCAUUUAGGAGACCUAAAGAGACACCAACGAAUUCACAAAGGGGAGUGGCCCUACCAGUGCUCCCAGUGUGGGAGGGGCUUCAGCCAUUUAGGAAACCUAAAGAAAAAUUUCACUAGUCUAUUCAGUGACAUUUGAGUACAUGUAAUUAAGCUUGUGUGACUCAUUUAAUAGUUAAAGCUUUUUAAUUGGGAUAUUGACUGGAAUAGUAUGUUAUAGGGUCAAAGGAUUAGGUUUAAGGAAGAUACUGUACUUGGCUGUAGAGUAGAGCAAUAAACCAAUUUUAUCAAAUAAUUUGAAUUUUUGGUUUAGAGCGAUGUGUAAAGUAACAAUUGCGAUAGACUUUAAACUACCUAUUUAACAUAUGUAGUGCCCAAAAUUCAGUGGAAACCGCUUAAAGUGAUCACGUCUCUCUGGGUGAAAUUGAUCACUUUAAGCAAAUCUUUAUAACAGAUUUUUCUUUGUCUCCGGUAUUUUACCAUCUAUUUGACAUUUGUAUAUUUGUUACAUGAAUUUCAGAUAAAACAGACAGCAUCACUAUUUACUGAAUUUUGACUUUUUCAAAAUCAACAUUUGAAUUGCCUGUGGUGUGUCUAAUUACAGUACUGUAUGACUUUACUGAACUGUGUAUAAUUCAAAUACUAUGAUACCAUACAGAACUGUACAUAAAAUGUAGCUUAUUGUAGUUUUGCUGCUGCAUCUUUUUAACUCGUUUUUGGCAGUUAAUCAUAAGCUUUGAGUCUAUAUUCAUCAUUCAGAGAAAAUGAUUUUCAAUUUCCUCGUUAUGUUUUCUGUGCAUGCAGCAUUAGCCUUAUGUAGCUACCUAGAAGCAGAUGAAUCACCGCAAGACUAACAUAUUAAAGUAAAAAAGAAUUACCGUUACCGUUUAAAAUUUUUCCCCCAUAAGUUGUAAUGUAUAAAACAAACCACAAAACGAUCACUGUAAGUGGACUACUUUAAACAGUGCUUGUACAGGAGUGAUUUUGUCCCAAUAUAAGCAGUUGAUUACUAUAACAGUGAUCACUAUGAGCAGUUUCCACUGUAUUCUUUACAGGCUUUUUUUUGGGGGGUGGGCUCUGUAAAUGAUUGUGACUGAAGGAUUAAGUUUAGGAAACCUGACAUCUAUUCAUCCGAUACUUUGGGGAUUAAAGCCUUGUUCAAGGGCUCCACAGUCAUAUGAUCACUCUGCCAUGGAAUUUGCGCUGACAAAUGUCUGGAUCUGCAGAACCAGUCCUUUCUUUUCUUUUUGCCAUUUCUCAAGCCUUUUUGAAAGCAGUUAUGCUUGUACUUAUUUACAAGUUAAACCAUUAAAUAUUACAAUAUGGGUCAUUCUGGUGAACUUUCAGAAUAAAAAUAUAUUACGGUGAAAUUUAGGUCUGUUGUGUAGAGCAGUACCUUGCCUUUUUAGGUGUAUUAAUAGUUUGCCACUUGUUGGUCUGAUUUAUUUAAUUUUCUCCAAAUAGGCAGCCAAAAAUCAUUAUCAUGAAUACAUAAGCUGUUUUGAAUCUCACAAUUUGUUUCACAAGAUGUAUAUUUUUGCUUUGUCAUUUUCUGUUUUGUCUUCAUCUUAGUUGGCCUUUAUUUUUUUCAAGUCAGUUGCACUGGAUGUCAUGAAAUACUUGUGUAUUACAGAAAUAAAUGGUAAAACCGUUCAUCCUAGAAGUGAUAUUGAUAGUUUAGACAAUUAAGUUGAAUAAUUUGAGUGUGUGUUUUUCUCUAUUUUUUAGAAUAUGAAUGAAUAUAGUUUGGUAAUGAGUUUGUGACAAUGACCAAUGUCUGUCCUUUGUUAAUUCUGCAUAAAUUUAUCAUAUAAAUAUUUGUGCAUUUUUGUUAAA